AUGCGAGCCCCGCCUUUACAUUUGUUCCGCCACAGAUUUGGGGAAAUUUGGAGUCCGUGCGCAAAGGCACUUGUGGGGGAUUUUGAGAAGGAACGCAGUCUCCCAUGUGCAGCCUUGAAUUACGCCCAACCAAGACGCAGGCCCUCGGUGGAAUUCCGGCAAGGAAACUGGAGACUCAACACUCAGGGAAAAGCUUCAUCAUUCAAAGGGGUCCUGCACAGUACAAGCAAGGCCAAGAAGAGGAAGUCUCUGGUUAUCUCCAACCCCAUCCCCUGCAACACAGCCUUCCCCACGGACCACGUCUCCCUCCAUGCAGCUGACGGAGAAAAUGGAAAAGACACCGUCCAGGGAUCGGAGGAAAACGCAGCGUCGUCGUUCAAAGACUCGUCGGACUCUGAGUUCAGCUCCAGCGGCAGCAACUCUCCUCAGAGGCAGUCGGUGUGCGAGCAGGAGGAAACAGAGAGUCUGAAUCAAGAGGAGGUGGAAGUGGAGGUGGAAGACGAACUCGCUGAAAACCAGUCCGAUGACUCUGGGGUCGGGGUGCCGAAAUCAGAAGCUGCCAAUCAAGAAGUGUCUGAACCCUGUGAUGCUGCAGAAAGUGAACUACAGGAGGAGGAGAAGGAUGAAGAGGAAGUGGAGGAGGAAGUGAGUGAGGCACCAUCAUCAAAAGAGGAGGGGAAACCCAAAGCUCCACCUGUUCCCACCCCUCGAGUCUCCUUCCACUGCACAGAUAAACCUCCACUGUUACCCCCUAAGGAGCAGGAGGAGGAGGAGACAGAGGAGGCUUCAGACAACCAGGAGAAGGCUGACUCAGGAGAGGACUCCACUUCCCACAAUCCACCUGGCUUCCUGCACAAGGUAUAUAUCUUUUAUUAAUCAGAAUCAUAAAAAAAAAUGUUU